AUGUUGCUGAAUUUAGAGGAUGAGCUUUUCCGGGCGGCAGAGGAAGGUGACUUGGAUGUGGUGAAGGAGCUGAUUGAAGACACCGGCCCGGAGGUUCGUGAGGAGGACACAAACGCCACACUGCUUCAUGCUGCUGCUGCGAACGGUCACGUGGACUUGGUCAUCUUCCUUCUCACUCUGAUUAGUCCCAACACAACGGAUAACAAUGGACAAACUCCAGUUCACGUGGCUGCCAGAGAAGGCCAGCUGCCCACUCUGGAGGUAUUACUGAAGGACGAGCAGUUUAAUGCAGAGCGACUGGACAACAGUAACAGAUCUUUUAAGGAUUUAUUAUCCGUGCCCCUCGUUGAAGCUGUGUUGAACUGGAAAGUUACAACUCUCACCAAGCUUCUUGAGCUUGGUGCUGACCCUGAUCACAAAUUAGCAGGUUUAGUCGACGGAUUACUGGCUAGAGAGCUUUCAGUCACUACGCCACGUGAACUGGCCAUCUCCCUCAGCAGGCACAGCUUUGUUAACAAGUUCAAUGAGGUGACUGCAGUUCGCUUAGUAGUUGGCCAGAUCGCCUCAGAUCCUGUUGCAUGUGCAACCCUAGCAAGUGGCAUCCCAAGAUCUAUAUUUGCAAUAUCUUUGCUACAAGCCUCUUUCGCCAAUUUGUCUACGUGGUCGUGCUUGCGUCUAACCAACACGAGAUGGUAUCCAUACACAUUGGAUGUUAAAAUUGCGCUCUCUCGCAUAAGUUACGUCACGCUUGAUGCAGUUCGCAAUUCCCUCAUCACCAUCUGUUUUGAAGGAACUUAA